UCUAAGGAAGGUUCUGGGUUGGUCUCCUGAUGGGCUCUGGCCGGGGUCCUGGCGUGUUUGGCCUCAACAACCAGGGCAGUCACCUCCCUUCUUACGAUGGAAUACCUUCUGCUGUAUCCCUAAGAGUUGUCCAUGCAGCCUUGGUCUGAACACUUUCCAAGAUGAAUACUCUAUCCUGAGAGGCAGAUCCUUCUAUGGAAGAGUCCCUUUAUUCUGCUUCAGCCCAGGGCUGAAGGAAAGGGAACAUCUGGGACUGUAUGUGAGGGCUUCAUCCCAUAUUUCUCUGAGGUUCAGUUGCUGCUACUUGGGAGGAAGAAGACCUACCUAGGAGCCAUGGGCCUCCCCACCCAGUUCCUGGCUCUGCUGUUGGAACUGUGCCUUGGGCUGUCCUGGCUUGCAGGGAGCAACCCCACCAUGGGGAACAGCAUUAUCCCGGAGACCAUCACAACAGAGAUUACCACCAAAGGGAACUGCGCCAUUACAGAGACCAUCACCGUGGAGAGCAGUGCCAUCACAGGGACCUAUGGCACCCCAGAUUGCAACAUCACCAUGGGGAACAGUGCUUCCACGGAGAACAACGGCACCUCGGACAACAACACCUCGGGCUUCAACAUCAUCUCAGAGACCAAACAUUCGGGGAACAACGAUACCCAGGGGAGCAACGCAAUCACAGGGAACAAUACCACUACCGAGACCAAAACCUCGAGGAUCAGCAAUAUCAAGGGGAACAAUAUCGACACCGAGAACAAUAUACUCCUGGGGAACAAAGCCCAGGGGAUCAGCGAUAUCGCGCGGAACGCUACAGGCGCCGGGAUCAGUGUCAUUCUGGGGAACAAAACCCUGGAGAACAGCACUUCCACGGGGAACAAUGUCACCACCAGGAAUCAAAUCUCGCAGAGCAGCGCUAUCCAGGGGAAUACCACCACCGCCAAUCUGGCCUUGGAAAACAGAGGUAUCUUGGGGAACAGUUCCGUCCUCGAGAACAAAGUCCCACAGAACCACGAUAUCAAGCGGAGCAAUUUCGCCACCGGCACCAAAGCCACGCGGAACAACGAUAUCUUGGGGACCAUCGCCACCACCUUGGAGAACGUUUCCGUGGGGAUCGACUCCUUGGAGAUCGUCACCUCGGGGAACAUCGAUUCAGUGGGGAGCAACAGCACCUCGCAGACCCGCAUCACCUCAGAGAGCAAAACCCUGGAGAAUACCAUCACAGAGAGCCGUACUGCCCUGGGGAGCAGUUCCACUCCAGGGAACAGCCAUUCCAUCUUGGAGAACAAACUUACCACAGAGAAACUCGACAUAUUGGGGAACAAAACUUCAGAGACCGUCACCUGGGGGACCGACUCCUCAGAGAACAAUGUGUCCAUGGGGAUCAGCGAAGACACACUGGGGAGCAAUGCUACCACAGGGAAUCAAAUCUCGGGGAUCACUGUCUCCAUGGGGAACGUCAUCACAGAGAACAAGGCCUUGGGGAACAAUAUCACCACUUUGGAGGAAGACACCUUGUGCCUGGGCUCUGGGAUAAACGAAACAAUACUGUGCGGUGGUGAACUCAGUCCUGGAGAACAUACAGAAGACAUCAGUCUAAGGGACUUUAUCUGCAACAAGAGAGCCCAAGGGUCAAAGCUGAACAGAGAAGAACUAGAAGGGAGGCUGGGCAGGGCCCAGUGUGAAGAUCCAGGGAUCACAGAGACCCUGACCCUAAUCUUUAGCUACGCCAACCUCACAGAACUCCAGGGUGCCCUUGGCAAGCUGAAUGACUCUGCCUGCCAUGAGGCCACUGUGAAGGCUUUAUGGACUGUUAUGCUACAGGGACGACUGGAUUUUCAGGAUACCCUCUCCCUGCGCUGGUGGUUCCAGGGUCUUCUCCAGCCCUUUCUGGCAUCAUUGCCCAGAGAAGAUCUACGCUGCCUCCCCCUCAGUACCUUGGGUUGUGAACAAUACCAGGCCAUUGUUCAAGGGCUGGAUAUGGAAUUUGAGGGAAUGAGCCAAGAAACUCGAGAAGCUGUCUACACAACUUUCCAGUUACCUGUCCUGACACGCCUGAGUGGGUUAACCUGUGUUCCAGAGAUGAACAGCAGUGCAGCCUGGUUGGACAUCAACCUUGGCCACUUUAGCCAAUAUGCCACAUAUGGGGACCUGGUUGCUUUCAACUCCCAGUUUGAUGGGCUCCAAGCCCUGGACCAUCUCACUUUGAGGCAGUUGGCUCAGCUUGUAGCCACCAAGGGUGCCUUAAAUGAGACAGCGUUGGGAGAGUUUCCAAAGAGCUUCUGUAAUCAGGAACCUUUACCGAAUGGGACCAAGGAGGCUGUGGAGACUAGCCUCUCUCUGCUGACCAAUGGCAGCGUCUCUGUGGGCACAUGGACAGAUGUACGAACAUUAUUCUAUUUCUACUUCCUUCAAAGUGAAUUCCUCCCUACAGUGAACACCAGUUGUCCAGCCUUUCAAGCCAUCGUGAGGAAUGGUCCAUCUAUCCUGAAGGGUCGAGAAGAAGAGGUUUACCAUCACAUCUACUCCUUCCUGACGGGAACUCUGUCCAGACCCCGAUGCUACAAUCCCAGUGAUCCUCUCAGCCCUGGCUGGUUCUCAGCCUACUUGGGUCCCUAUGUCCACCUAAGCAGUGUUGAUGACAUCCGUGACUUCUUGGGCUAUGACCAGCAAUUGCUGCAGACCCUGGCUUCUCAGCAGGACAGCCUCCAGCUCUUCAGUCAGCAGGAUGUUCCCAGGAAUGUAAUGUGGCUACUCACUUCAGCUCUUCUGGCCAAGACUCCCAACUUCACCAUCUUGGAGCUUCCAGACAAGCUUCUGUGCUUCUCACUGGAGGCUUCUGCCCUCCAUUUCCUCGGGGAAGAGGCCCUGUGGAGGGUGAUAAAGAGACUGAAUGACAACUGUGGAUCCUCCAAUAGGACUGACCCGGAUGCCUGGGGCCUGAGGGUCCCUUUGCCCCCUGCCCGGCGGUUGGCCACCCUGCUUGUGAGCGAGAUCCCGGCAUUUAACCAGAGCAUCCUUGUUGCCCUGGGCCAGCAGGCAGUGGGCCUGACUGCAGGACAGAUCAUGAUGCUGUCAGAGGACGAUGUGGCUGCAUCAGUGCAAGCCCUGGGAAGAGUCAUUGGCUGGGACAAGGGCCAGGCCUACGGGCUGGUGUCCAAACUGACGGCUGAGCAGCUCUUGGCUGACAAACUGGAGACACUGGGAUCCCUGGUACCCGGCUUACCCUCUUCUGUCCUCUGUGCCCUUUCUGCUGAGAAUGCCAGUCACCUUGCCAGCAUUCCCACCUUCCUCUGCGGCCUCCGAGAUGCCCCCACCUAUCUGAAGAGGGUCUUCACUGACAGGAUUGUCCUUCACCCGCUGCCCAUUUCCAGAAUUGUGGAGAUUGUGCCCCCCGAACUGGUGCCCCAGAUCCCCAGCUCCUUCCUGCUGUGGGACAAUCUCACGGAAGCCAACCUCUCAACCAUCAGUAAGCAGCCAUGGGAACCAGCACAGGCCUCGGGCUUCUUCCAGCAAGGGCUGGCCUCCAGCGUGGGCAACCACGUGGCCCGCCUUUCUGCCUCCAUCUUACAAGGUUUCCAGUGCCAGGAGGCCAGCCAGCUAACUCGGGACCAGUUCUCUUCCCUGGUUAGGGAAGUGCAGAAGCAGAAGGCCAUCCUAAACGCCAGACAGCUGAGUUGCAUGGCAAACCUUCUGGCUCUCCAUAACUUGACAGACAACUUUGCUGAGUAUCCACCAGACUUACUCCUCUUCUAUGAUCUGAGAAAAGUGGAUGGAGCCAAGUGCCGAGAGUUCAUCAGCAGGGCUUCCCAAGGGAAUCUUAACCUCCUGUCUGGACUGUCAGCUCAGAAGAGGGAGCUAUUGAACGUGUCCCAGGCUUGUCUGGGAAAUCCUGGUACCAAUCUGAGCAAAGAGGAUCUGACCUAUUUGGGCGGCUUGGUCUGUGACAUGGAGCCAGCUGUCAUCCUGGAGUCUGACCCUCACAUUCUAGACAACCUGAAGCACUGUGCACAACUAACAGCAGGACAGCAGGAUGCCCUCAACACGCUCCUUCACAGUGGGACCACGUCACUGGGGACUCCUGGAUCUUGGAAUCUUGGCAAACUUUGGAGUCUUGGACCCCUGGCUUUUUAUAUCAACCCUAUUCUGUGGAAGAUGGUGAAUAAGGAUGUAAGUAAGGAUUUCUUUCGGGAUGUAGUUGCUAGAUACCAAGCCGGAAGCCUACCAAGGAGUCAUGUCCAAAACUUUGUUGAUUCCUUCCUCGCUCAAGAAUUAUCAGCGUCAAGAACCAGCCAAAUGACAGGGAAAAAAUGCUAUCGCGGAAAUAUCACAGCACAGGUGAUCCAGGACGAAUUAUUCAUGGUCCGUUAUGACUGCAAACAACUUAAGACUUGCUUGGGAAGCAAGGUCCUGAAAGCUAAUCUCCACCCACUGCUCCAGCACCCUCUGCCAAGAGAGUGCCAACGUGUUGUCAAGGGGAAACUCGGUGAGAUCUAUCCAAGGGGUGUUCCUGAGGACCAACUGAAACUGAUCGCCUCCUUGGUCUACCUGUACUCCAAUGAUGAAAUCAGUCAUUGGAACAUCACAUCUGGGGACACUGUGGUGGCUUUGCUGGGUUCUGAUGUAGCUAUGGAGAACCAGACUCAGGCUGUCAUCAAAAAAUACUUGGAACUGAAUGGCACAGUGACAGGAGCCUUGCUGGUGGCCAUUGGUGGUUUUCGUCUCUGUUGGAUGAGCCCCCGACAGAUCGAAGCUAUUCGACCUAUGGAGCUGAGGCGGGCAGGAGCCCUUGACAUCUCCUCCUGUGCUCAAGAGAGGAAGGAUGACCUUUAUGAGAAAGCCAAGAAGGCCUUUCCGGGGUCCAAUGGCACAAUCACCUAUUACCACUACAUCCGGCCCUACCUGGGUGGUGCACCUCUGGAAGACCUGAAGCUCCUGGCUCGAACCAAUAUUUCUAUGGACAUUGACACAUUCACAAGUCUUAAUCCAGAGGUGCUGCAGAAUCUGAGUCUCAGCAAUGUGGCAACAUUACUUGGACGAAAUGUGGCUGACCUUCGGAAGGCCCGGAGCAACCCAAGUGUAAAGGUUUGGCUCGAAAACCAAAACCAGUCAGCCCUGGAGGCCCUGGGGUUGGACCGAACUCCAGACAAGCAGCACCCCAGCCCUGCCACCACCGGGAAACCUGGACCUCCCUGGAUUACUGGCAAAGGGCACAACUCUUCUGCUUCACCCAAUGGGCAUAUCUCUUCCACCACUCCCUCUGGUUCCUGUGUUCUGGCACCUCUCCAUUUCCUCAACGUCUUUGGGCUCCCAAUAGGUCUUACCUUACUCAUGAGUCUCCUUUGAUACUCCUGGACAAGAAUUCUCUUCUUUUACCAUCCCCACCCUGGACUCCACCUUCCACUUUGGAUCAAAAACUUCCCCUCCUCAAAGCAUGGAGUACUAUGAUCUACAACUGGGACCCUUAUAUGCUUCUCUCCUCAACUCAGGGUGCACAAGGGUGUCAUUGAAGCUUGAAGCUGACUUUGAUGGGCCCUGGCCUUUGGAAGGCCCAACUACACUCAGAACCCUGGGAGUAUCCAUUGGAAGGGUGACAGCAUGACUGCAAAGGGAUCUGCUCAGUGACUACUGCCCUUCCUUUCUCACAGGAAUUGUCCUCACAAAUGCUCUUUCCACCCUUGGACUCCAGUCAGACAGGAGUUAAACUGAAGGCUCUUUCUGGGGCAGUUCCUUGGGGAAUGGCUGGCCUCUUCCCCUGAGCUAGCUGAGCCACCCUCAGGAAGGCUGCUCUCUACUGCCCACAGGCUGGAGACACAGGACAAACUGAGGCAGUCUGUCUUUCUCAAGCCUUUAGGGUCCAAGAGGACACAAACCCAGGCUGAUCAUGUUCAGAAAUGGCUUGCAGGCCACCGAUGCUCAGGCCUCUCCUCGCAGAAGUCUCAUUGCACCCCUGCCAAGAAUUGUGCUUCUCUGAGUGGGGAAAGCUCAGAUUUUGCUAUCUUUAUGGUCUGAUUUUAAUAAACAUGAGGUUCUCCUCAAA